AGCAGCACGUGAGCACAACGUAACAUUUUCAACUCAAAGCACAUAAAACAAGAACAAAAUUUCAAAAUAGGGCACAUCAAAGAAUGGAUCAAAAAAUUAUGGAAAGGCACUUGAUUUUUGCAUUGUUGUGGUGCGCGGUGGCAGUAAUGGUGGUGCGCGGACAAAGUACGCGCAACGUAAUGGCAACCUACCAUAUGUACCACCCUCAUCUUAUUGGUUGGGACUUGCCGGCUGCAAAGGGCUACUGCUCUACUUGGUACGCCAACAUGCCCCUCACAUGGCGCAGUAAAUACGGCUGGGCCACCUUCUGCGGACCUGUUGGCACUCAUGGCAAACCUUCUUGUGGCAAAUGUCUUUGUGUAACAAACACUGCAACAGGAGAUACAAAAACAGUGAGAAUAGUGGAUAAGUGCGGCCAUGGAGGCAUCAACUUGGACGUAAAUGUGUUUAGAGAGAUCGACACCGAUGGGGUUGGAUACAAGAAGGGUCACCUUAACGUUGACUACCACUUUGUCGAUUGUCGAGAUCACUACUAUUAAGGACAACCUUUUCCCGGAGAAAUUAUUAUUCUGCAAUAAAACAUUGAGUGAAUACUCCACCCGAUCUCUGACAAUUAUCUCGAAAGGACAACAAGGAUCCCAAGAAAAAAAAAAACAUCCAAU